AUGGAGCGUGUGAGCCAAGAACUUGCCGUGUACUCCAGCCAGGUGCUUUGUGUUAAAAUGAGCGUGUUGCCUCAAGCGGUCCUCCAAAGCCCAGGGGAACAUCCCAAGUUCAUAGAGCAGCAUCUUUGCCCCCCAUUAGACUUUGCAAGGAUUCAUUUGAUCAAAGACAAAGAUGCCAUAGAUGAUUAUUUGGCGAAGAAUAUCAAAGGAGUGUCAACACAAGAAGCUGCUGCUUACAGGAAUUCAUACAAGAAGAACAUCUGCAUAGACAUGCUGUGCCGGGGUUAUCACAAGUCCUUCUCUGAGCUCCUCACUCUGAUCCAGAAGUGGAAUGCCUUCAGGGAGGCUGCAGGGCCUGGGUCAGCCAUAUGGCAUGAGAAGUCCCUGGAGGAGCAGCCUGAUAAGCUGGAUCAGCUUUACCACUUCCUGACCGGGGCUGAGGCAGCCCAGCGAGCAGGGCACUAUGAGAAGGUGUAUGAUAACCAGCUUAGCUUGGCCUGCUUUUUCAAUGACCCUGAGGACAAAUGGUUAAGUAACUAUUUUUAUGAGCAAAGCUAUAACACUGCUCAAUUAGUAGAAAUUGAUGGUGGGAAGAGAAAGGCACAAGCAUAUGUAAACAUGGGCCUCAUCAAAGAGGAAGAAGGUCAUGUCACGAAAGCUGCUGAGCAUUUUGAAACAUUUUAUCAGCUAACAGAGGGCUCAUCUUGGAAGGAUGAAACAGGCCACACUUACACUUCACUGGCAUGUCAGCAUCUCUGGAGAAUUUAUACUUUGCUAGCAGACAAAAUGCUGGAAAAUCAAGAACACCAAGAGGCCAUCAAAAUGCUACUAAAAGCUUUAAAGAUGGCAAAAGAAGGAGGUGAUAUAAAGAUGCAUGGAGAAGCGGCCUAUUGCUUAAGUCUAGCAUAUCAUUUUUCUGGAGAGCAUGAGACAGCAUUAGCAGUUUUGAACACCUCUGUAGAAAUCUUCACAACCCUUUGUGAUUCUGCUGGCCUGGGCAGAGCAUAUGCAGCUGUAGCCAAGAUCCUGGCAAGUCAGGGAAAAUCAAAUGAGGCUGUGAAGUACUUGGGAGAGUUUAUAAAGGAUGCUGAGAGUGCUAAUCUAAGCCAAAGCCUGGUGGAUGCAAAUGUCCUACUUGGAAAAGUUCACAAUGAAAGAGGGAACUAUAACACAGCUCUGGAAUAUUUCAGUCAGGCCUCUGAGGCGGCGAAAGCUUUGAACGAUUUGCCCUUGGUGGCUGAAACAGAGAGUUACUGUGGCAUCGCCAAGGCUCAUCAGCUGAUGGUGGCGUUCAACAGCCACGUAGCAGCAGCAGCCGAUCCCCUCAGCCUGCAGUGCCUGCUGGCAUGGAAGCAAAACAGAAGUGACAUGUGCACUGACCCUCUUCCAGCCGAACCUGGUAAAGAAACAAGUGCCUCAAAGCCUCUGUGAGCCUCUGUCCGAGACACCAGUUCAAGAUCUUCCUGAGGAUGCCUGU